AGAGCUUUCACGAACACAGAAUAAAAGCGAAAAAGAGGCUUAUUUUCCUCUGAAAAAUAUUCAGGAAAUUUGAAGGGAUUUGAUCAAGCUAGAGAAUCUGCGGUUUUGGGAGUAAUAUCCGGUCAACUUGCGGAUAAAACGAUAUAGUUUCUGUAUCGACAAAUACUAUCAAUUGAGAUGAGAUGCAACGCAUGCUGGCGUGAAUUAGAAGGGCGAGCCGUUUCCACUACCUGUGGUCACCUCUUGUGCACUGAAGAUGCGAGCAAGAUCCUUAGCAAUGAUGCAGCUUGUCCCAUUUGUGAUCAAGUUCUCUCUAAGAGUCUUAUGAAACCUGUGGAUAUCAACCCAAAUGAUGAAUGGAUAAAUAUGGCAAUGGCUGGCGUGUCUCCGCAGAUAUUGAUGAAGAGUUCAUACAGAAGUGUGAUGUUUUACAUUGGGCAAAAGGAAUUAGAAAUGCAGUACAAGAUGAACAGAAUUGUAGCUCAGUGCCGCCAGAAAUGUGAGGCAAUGCAAGAAAAGUUCUCAGAGAAACUGGAGCAGGUGCAUACUGCAUAUCAGAAAAUGGCCAAGAGGUGUCAGAUGAUGGAGCAGGAAAUUGAGAGUUUGUCAAAGGAUAAGCAAGAGCUCCAAGAAAAGUUUUCUGAGAAAUCAAGACAGAAGAGAAAGCUUGAUGAAAUGUAUGACCAGUUAAGGAGUGACUAUGAGUCAAUGAAACGGUCGGCCAUCCAACCUUCAAAUAAUUUCUAUGUUAGAAAUGAGGCUGACUUAUUCUCAAAUCCAGCUACUAACAUGGUGGAUGGCAGAGACCCUAUACGAAGGGUUAACUUAUUUGUUGCAGAUUGGUCGAUCUUUUCUCCCAAAACUCCAGGGCCGCGAGAGGAUGUAUGGCCUGCAAGACAGAAUAGUUCGAACUCUGGUCAUUUUGACAUAUCCGGUGGCUCACCAGCAAAACAAGCAGCCAUUCCGGUUGAUGUUGGGAAUAGAAGGGGUGGCGCUCACCCUGCUUUUGGAGCUGGUGGUGUUAACCCGGCAAUGACACUAAGGAACCUGAUAAUCUCUCCUAUAAAGCGGCCUCAGCUCUCUCGUAAUCGCACUCAAAUAUUUACGUAAGCAGAAAAAAUAUAGAUUGUAGGUUCCAAAGUCAUGAGCUUAUCCUCGGCUAGACUACUCAUACUGAUAAGGUUACUUUGAUCGUAGUCUAAGAACAAAGCAAUAAACUAAAACAACAUCAAUGCACAUGUCAGAAUCACAAAUGUAAAGAAUUGCACUGUUCCUUUUUUGCUAUGCCGACUUGCAUGAUAACUUUGUGUGGAUGAAGCAGCUGUCGACAUCAAAUAGAUGUAGAAUUUGAUGGACAAGCAGUGUUAAAGAAACUUUACAUUCUAUAAUUAGCUUUUUGUUUGACAGUAAAAAGAGAAAAAAAUAUAUAUGGCAAAGUCAAUUAAACCAUUGUGUGGGAGCAUGAACUUGGAAAAAGAAAAACAUUGGUACCUCAUUGUCAUUGCCAAAUUUUCGAUGGUAUGUGGAUAUAUAACAGGACCAUGUAGUAUUCAUCUUUUUCAUGAUUGCCACUUUAUGUCCUUGAUUGAUUUUUCUAAGGAAUGGAACCCUCCUGAAGAGUUU